GUACAUUCUAAUGGCAGAACCUGAUCAUGUAUUUGCAAAUCCUUUGCCCAAUUUGGCGAAAGGAAAUCAUCCAGCAGCGUUUCCAUUUUUCUAUAUAAAACCCGAUCAAAAUGAAAAGAUAAUUAGGAAAUUUUAUCCUGAGGAAAAAGGUCCGGUGAACAAUGUUGAUCCCAUUGGCAAUUCUCCUGUAAUCAUUAAGAAGUCCCUACUAGAGGACAUUGCUCCCACGUGGGUGAACAUUUCCUUGAGAAUGAAAGACGACCCAGAGACUGAUAAGGCUUUCGGAUGGGUGCUUGAAAUGUAUGCAUAUGCUGUAGCAUCUGCAUUGCAUGGCGUCCGCCAUAUUCUCCGGAAAGAUUUCAUGCUUCAGCCUCCAUGGGAUUUGGAAGUUGGUAACAAGUUUAUCAUCCACUAUACAUACGGAUGUGACUACAAUUUAAAGGGUGAACUGACUUAUGGAAAAAUUGGAGAAUGGCGCUUUGACAAAAGAUCUUAUCUUAGUGGCCCUCCACCAAAAAACCUUUCAUUGCCCCCUCCAGGAGUUCCUGAAAGUGUGGUAAGUCUAUUAAUCUCCAUCUUGUCAGAGUCUAUUCGAGAAAUUAACUGUUAGAGGUUUAUGGCUAAUUUACGAAAUUGGAAUUGGUUCCAAAAGUUAUAUGCUUCGUAGUUUUGACAUGUUUUUCAGGUGCACGAUACAAAUUUAUGUUCAUUUAAGUUGAUCAUGG